AUGUCACUGGAUGCCGAGGAUGUGAUUCGGGUGGAAGGUCGUUAUUUGGUCCGAGGAGACAACAAGGAUCGCUUUUUUGUGCGAGGAAUUGCCUUUCCCGAUGCUCCUCCCACACGGCUCAUCACGGAAGAAAAUGGGCAGCACAUUCAAUACAAUGCCACGGGAUGGAUUUCCAUCUUGCAGCAGCUCCGCGAUUCGUCUGACGAACUCAACACUAUUCGAUUGUAUCAACUCGACGAUCCUUCCCUGGUCGAUUAUUCCGAAUUCUUCCACGCCGCCGCCGAUUUGGGCUUUUACAUUCUGGUGCCACUGACGGCCACCUUUGGCAAUGCCAUUUUGAAUCGCGCCCUACCGGCACCGCACUGUUACACGAAAGCGCUGUGGGGGUACGGGACGAGGAUGCUACAUUUCGCACUCGAUCAUCCCAAUGUGAUUGCCGGUAUCAUUGGCAACGAAGUCAUGAAUUCAAUCGAAUCCUGGCGUGCCGCACCGUGUAUCAAAGCGUAUGCCCGCGAUCUCAAACAGUACAUGAAAUCCCAAUUAUUGACUGAUCACAAAUACAAACAACGUGGUGCUCUCAUUCCACUCAUGUACGCUGCACAAGAUUCCGGCAUUGGAGCUGCCUUGUCCAAUGUGGAUACCAUUCGACUGACGGUCGAUUAUUUGUCGUGCCGUCAUCAUAAUAAUGCAAAAGACGAUGCCAGUGUCGACAUUUUGGGUGUCAAUUUGGAGUCGUGGUGCAGUUCCUACAAUACCUUUGAAACCAACAUGGAUGGGACACCCGGCAUCAUGUUUCAAAUGUGGCAGGGAUUGCACACCAGCGUCCAUGCUCCCUUGGUCUUUUCCGAAUUGGGAUGCAGUCACAGUCGUUUCAAUCGGGAUAGUCCCGAAUUCCCAGGAGGAGGAACCAGAGAUUGGACCGAAGUGCCCGUCGUGUUGCAGGAAAUGGCCGAUACCUGGUCGGGUUUUUGUUCCUUUGCGUACUGGGGUAACUCGCUCUUCAACAUGAUGAGUGGAGGACCGUGGAAUGGACGAGAUGUGCUAAUACCAACUCGAGACUUUGAAAAUUUUCAACAGCAAUGUGCCAUUGGGACGCAACAAAAAGAGCAACAAUCAGCCUUGGUGGGCUCUGUGGUUCCGGGCAGUCUCCACGACUUGCCGAUGCAAAAUGGAGGCAUUAUGGAAAGCUAUUACCAGAGCCUCGCCCAGAAUCCCCACACGCAACCAACGUGUGCCCAAGUCGAAGAGGCACUUGCCAAAACGUGCAAACUGGAACUAUACGAUUUCGAAAAGAUGCCGUCCUACUAUUCCAUGUCGGGAUGGUGGUUUCUGGUGGUGAUGAUUCUAGCAGUGUCAUGUGCAGCCGUCGCUGGAUUCUGGUGGUCCAGGCAGCGCCAGCGUGGAACUUAUGAGCGUAUUCCCGACCCUGAACCAACCACAAGUCAGUUCUGA